AUGUCUAAAGCUGCUUCUGCAAAUUUGCAAGUAUGUGUAUUUUUUGGAAAUUUACAAGACAUUCCGGGCUUUUCUAAUAAUUCAUCCCAGCGAGUAGAAGUCUUGCACAAGAUUGUGAAGAGAAGGAUUCCCCACGGCGCUACAAUCCGUUGGAAUUUUAAUAUAAGGACCAUUGACGUUUUGUACGAAAUUAGAGCAUCUCUCAAUAAGUGUAUGCAUGAAAUAGAAGAACAAUUCACCAACAAUACAGUAUGUAGUGCAGCCGCCUCUAUUCGCCGUACAUUAAAUGAUCCGAUCUUCAAUUUUUGGUUGACUUUUUUUCAUCAUGUGAUGCCCCACGUAGACAUCCUAUUCAAUCAAUUACAGCAAAGAAAAAUUGAACCCACUUUAGUAAAAGACGCUAUCGAUAAUUUUGAACGCAGUAUCACUCAAGUUCGAAAUAAUAUUGAUACCAUUAUUAUUGAAGCAUCAGAUUUAAUAAGCGAUUAG